CGCCUUAUUGCGCUCACCACCCUUCCACCAACCCCUCACCCAUUUCCCUUUUCGUCUUCUUUCUCCUCUGUUUUCGCUUCGAUUUGAAGGAGCAGACGAAUCCUCUUUCCUCCUUUGGACCUCACCAGCACUUCAACCAUGAUUGUAAACGUGAAAGAAUCGACAAUGGUACAACCGGCGGGGGAGACUCCACGGCGGACCCUGUGGAACGCCAACGUGGACUUGGUGGUACCCAGGUUCCACACCCCGAGCGUUUACUUCUACAGGCCGACGGGAGGGGCCAAUUUCUUUGACCCGCAGGUGAUGAAAGAGGCACUGAGCAAAGUUCUAGUCCCGUUUUACCCCAUGGCGGGGCGGCUGAAGAGGGACGAGGAUGGAAGGAUCGAGAUCGAUUGCAACGCCGAAGGAGUGCUCUUUGUUGAUGCUGAAACUACCUCUGUUAUCGACGAUUUCGGUGAUUUUGCACCCACCUUGGAGCUCAGGCAGCUCAUCCCAACCGUUGAUUAUUCCGGUGGCAUCUCCGCUUAUCCACUCUUGGUUUUGCAGGUCACAUAUUUCAAAUGUGGUGGAGCAUCAUUAGGUGUUGGCAUGCAACACCAUGCGGCAGAUGGAUUUUCUGGUCUCCACUUCAUCAAUACAUGGUCUGAUAUGGCUCGUGGUCUUGACCUCACGAUUCCGCCAUUCAUUGACCGGACCCUUCUCCGUGCUCGGGAUCCUCCAAAACCCGCGUUCCACCACAUUGAGUAUCAACCUCCUCCAGAAUUGAACACUCCACCCCCGUCCACGGGUCUUGACAGCACGGCAGUCUCCAUUUUCAAAUUGACCCGGGAACAACUCAGUGCACUCAAAGCCAAGUGCAAGGAAGAUGGGAACAGUGUCAGCUACAGUUCAUACGAGAUGUUGUCAGGUCACGUGUGGAGAUCGGUCUGCAAGGCUCGUGGACUUACUGAUGAUCAAGGGACCAAAUUGUACAUUGCUACCGACGGAAGGUCUAGGUUGCGACCCCCACUUCCACCUGGUUACUUUGGAAAUGUGAUCUUCACUGCUACCCCAAUUGCAGUGGCUGGCGAUCUGAUGUCGAAGCCAACAUGGUAUGCUGCGAGUCAUAUUCAUGAUGCAUUAGUUCGGAUGGACGACGACUAUCUAAAGUCAGCACUUGAUUACCUAGAACUUCAGCCAGAUUUAUCCGCCCUUGUUCGAGGUGCGCAUACUUUCAAGUGUCCAAACCUUGGGAUUACUAGCUGGGUUAGGCUACCAAUCCAUGAUGCAGAUUUCGGCUGGGGCCGUCCCAUAUUUAUGGGUCCCGGCGGGAUUCCUUACGAGGGGUUAUCUUUCGUGUUACCAAGCCCCAACAAUGAUGGGAGCUUAUCAGUUGCCAUAUCCCUGCAAACCGAACACAUGAAAUUGUUCGAGAAGCUCUUUUAUGACAUUUAAGCCAAAAAAAAAUCCAACAGAAACUAUAUAUUCUGAACGUGGUCCAUCCCUUUCCCAAUGUUUUCAUACAUGUUCAUGUUUUGCAGCCUCACAUUUCUCUUGAAAUGUACCUCAUAUUCAAGCUUUACUGGUUUCAAGCCAUAUUUUAAUGCAUAGGGGAAAAAAACUUUGGACAUAAGUUGUAUUACUGAAUACUGAUUUUGGUUCAAUAUCGGUGCUGAAUAUUAUUACAAUGUUAGCUCACAAGAAAGAAAGAGGAAAAGGUGGAAAUAAUUUAACAUUUCCUAUAUUUUGGAUCCUUUACACCUGAACUUGUGGAUUAUUAUUUGGUUCUAUAAAUAAAUGUAUGACAAGUUAGUUGAAUAGGAUACAAGGUUUAGUUGUAAA